AUGAAGGAGCAGACACAUCCCCAUAAAAGGCGACUAUGCGGUUCUCUUUCUCGUCUAGAAGUGUUUUUGCUGUUAACGUGUCUGUUGCUGCUCCUUUCCCUAUCUGGUGUCCUCUUCAUAUGGUUGCUCUGGCUCCAAGGAUAUCGGAUAUUCAACGAAGGCCUUCCUUUGUACGCCCCAAUCCGAAACGCCCUGGAUCGAACGGCUAAAAAUCACCAACAAGUCGUGUGCACGAGCCGGGAAUGCGUCCGGAUUGCCGGCUUUUUGGCCGAAAAUUUAAAUGACAAGAUUGAUCCAUGCAGUGAUUUCUACGAGUUUGCCUGUGGGAAUUACGGCGUCAACCGGAAUCUGGCUGCCAGCAAACCUUUACGGCAUACAAUAAGUGACGUACAGGGACGGUUGAAUAAGCAAGUUCGGUCAAUACUUGAGGCUGACAACAUCCCUACCGACAAGCCGUGGGAUCGACUGGCAAAGGGGUAUUAUAAGAAAUGUUUGGAUGAAGACGAACUCGAAAAGUCUGGUAUCAAGGCCGUGAAGGACGUGCUGGAUUGGGUGGGUGGAUGGCCGACGCUUGAAGGCAGCAGAUGGAAAGGCUGGAGCCGAACAUGGGAGCGCCAGCUGGCCUUGAUCAUGAACAAGACGGGCGUGAAUGCUGUACUCCUUGAACUUGCAGUCACCCACGAUCCGGGAAAUAGUAGUCGUUCUGUCAUCGAGCUUGAUCAGCCUAAAUGGGGCGUAGGCUCUCGUUGGCCCUAUUUGAUGGGUGUCGAAGAUCCGAUGAUCAAGAACUACACAUCGUUGAUGAUCCAGACAGCCAUUACUCUAGGCGCCACACAGGAACAAGCCGAAAAAGACAUGUACGAGGCCAUGGAGCUGGAGAUGAAACUCGUCAACUUCUCCGCAGAAGAACAUGUGCGAAGAGAUCCGGACCGCGGCAACAACCGCUAUUUGAUCAAGGACCUAAAACAGCAUUUUCCUUAUAUUGAUCUUGCCGGGUAUAUCGAAGAGGUUUUUGAAGGGCUGGUUGGGAUCAACGAGAAUGACACAAUCAUCAUUCGUGAAGUCGAUUAUUUUAAGUCGAUCCAGCACAUUCUACGGGAAACUGACAAGCGCGUAAUUGCCAACUACAUCUCUUGGCGGAUAGUUCAGGCCAAUCAGACCGGGAUUUUCAACUCACCACCACCGGACAGGUGGGAAGACUGCGUGACCCUAUCCGUUAUCAUGCUCGACAUGCCAGUGGGCAAGCUGUUCAUCGAAAACUUUUUCGAGCAGGAGAAAGCCCUAGCAAAGAUGAGCGAGCUGACGCACUACUUGAAAAGUGAAUUCAUGAAGCAGCUUCGGGUGUUGGAUUGGAUGGAUGAAGCGACAAGGAAGCGUGCAAUCAAUAAGGCCGAGCGCAUCGAAUACAAGAACGGUUUCCCUCCCUUCCUCUUCAACGAUACGGCUAUGCAAAAGCAUUGGGGCAUG